GGUCCAGCGGGCAUGACGCGACCGUUCCGCAGAGAGGAUCGACCGACUGGACUGCGAACAGUCUGUCAGUAAACUUCGUGGCGUGCGUUGGCUGGCGCGCGUGCUAGCAGACCGUUUCCAUGCGUGUCACGACACGGAUACACGCCAGCCGAUCUCUCGAAACGCUUAUUAAUAUUUAUAAGUGGUCGGUUAACGCUUCAAAGUGAAUUCGAGGUUCGUAAAACGAGCAAAGAUCAAGCUACUAAAGAUUUGCACCGGCAUCGGUACCCCGGGUCGUCUCCAGUGUUUUGUACGUUUUUUAAACAGCCGCGAGUGUCGGGACGCGCAUUGAACUCACCGAGUUAGAUAUACACAGACGAAUAGUAGUACUAUUUUAUAUUUUAUCCGUGAAAUUUUCGACAAGAAGAAAAGAUGGUGCGUGGUCUGUCGCAGUGGACGAAAACCUUGAGCUUCCCCGCGAGGGUGUCUCCCCAGAGGCCUGCCAAGGAGUCGAAGGGGUUUCAUGUGAGCCCCAGUGCUAGCCCCACAUCGCCACCCAGCCCGAUCAACGACAACAUGGACAAGGCGCCGAUUAUUACCGACGAGAAUUUCCAGGAUCUGGAGGCAGAAAAGGCAAUAAUGGGCUCCAUUGUGUAUUGCAUACAUCAUAAGGAUGGCUGCAAGUGGUCCGACGAACUUAGGAAGUUGAAGGCUCACCUGAAUACCUGCAAGCACGACGCGGCCCCCUGCAGCAAUAAGUGCGGCGCGAUGAUCCCGCGUGUGCUGAUGGAGGACCAUUUGAAGUACACUUGCGCCCAGCGGCGAGCACGCUGCGACUUCUGUGCCAAAGAAUUCACCGGUCACACGCUCGAGAAGCACACAGGGACGUGUGGCUACGAACCGCUCUAUUGUGAGAACAAGUGCGGUAUGAAGGUACAGCGAAGGCACCUCAGUCAGCAUAAGUUGGGCGAGUGCGCGAAAAGACUGGUAGCCUGUCGUUACUGCAACAAAGAAUUCGUUUUUGACACGCUCGGUGCUCAUCACGCCAAGUGUGGCCGCUUUCCAGUCGCUUGUCCACACCGUUGUGAAACUGCCGUCUUACCAAGAGAAGAUCUUGAAGUACACUUAAAAGAUCAUUGCACUACACAUCGCCUAUCUUGUACUUUCAAGGAUGCUGGCUGUCGUUUUAAGGGUAAUCGAUUUUCGUUGGACAAGCAUGUAGCAGAAUCAGCAAAGAUGCAUCUAAGUUUGAUGUGCAGCGUUGUCACAAAACAACAGCACCAGAUAACCAGUCUGAAAUCUGCCAUUAGCAAACUAUCGUUAAACUACACGGGCACGCUUAUAUGGAAGAUCACGGAUUACAGCGCUAAAAUGUCUGAGGCGAAGGCCAAGGAAGGAAUGGAACUUGUCAGCCCUCCUUUUUAUACUAGUCAAUAUGGUUACAAGCUACAGGCGUCAGUUUUCUUAAACGGAAAUGGAACCGGUGAAGGAAGUCACAUUUCGAUAUAUAUAAAAAUUCUUCCCGGAGAAUAUGACGCUUUGUUGCGAUGGCCAUUUUCACACAGCGUGUCUUUUACCAUAUUCGAUCAAACAGUGGUUGCGGAGAAGGCGUGCAAUAUUGUGGAGAGCUUUAUACCAGAUCCAACAUGGAAAAACUUCCAGAGGCCCAGUCGCGAACCUGAUUCUCUCGGUUUUGGUUUUCCCCGAUUUGUUUCCCAUGAAAUGGUGAAAAAACGACAUUUUGUAAAAGACAAUACCAUGUUCAUUCGGGUGAAAGUCGAUCCAAGCAAAAUAGUAGCUGUCUGAAAGGAUUAAUAACAUCGAGCCGUAUUUUCAAUACGUUGUAUCAUACUAACUCAAUUACUAUCGUUCCACGUAACACACUUAAUAUCGUUACGCUACACAUACACACACGCGCGCGCACACACACACAUACACAUAUACAUAUUCCGCAAUGUGGUUCAUGCGCAUUUCUUAUUUUUACACGUAAUGUCAGUCCAGUAAGCGAUUAAUGGUACUUCAUAUUUAUUGUGUACUAGGUAUGAUAGGCCGAAGUACUUUACAUACAGAGCACGUGGUACUUACGUCGUGUCACUGACAGUAUACUAUAGUGAAAAUAAGUCAAA